UUCCUCCAUUAAUCUCUCCCUUUUCUCUCUUGCUUUCUCUCCCCUGCUUUUUGCUCUCUGAUCAGCACAUAUUAACCAUCUACUACUACUCUUUUUCUCAUUUGAGUGGAUUUAAAGAACAAAGUUGUCAACUUUUUCCUUCCAACUUCAGCUUUAGUAUCACUUUCUGUUACCUUGUUCGUUCCAAGAAAACAUCACAUUCACACAGUUUAUGCCUUAUAUUCUUCCUUAACUGAAGUACUAAUAAUAAGUAACAAACUGCUGGAUUGUCUUUGUUUGGGAUUCUUGAUAUGGAGAGGGAGAAUCUUCAAAUGCCUUAUGGGAGUGGAAUUGGAGGAUUUCACAGCAAUGAGCUGAAUUGCAGCAGCUCAGAAGUGCAGUUUCAGAAUUGCUUUUUUAAUCCCAGUUGGGACAAUUCAUUGGAUCAGAAUGAUCCCUUUGAGUCUGCAUUGAGCUCAAUGGUGUCGUCUCCAGCUGCGUCGAAUGCUGCCGGAGGAGGAGGAGGAGGAGGAGGAGGAGGAGGAGUUCCUGGCAGUAGUAAUGGAGGCGAGAAUGUUGUGCUGAGAGAACUAAUUGGUCGAUUAGGCAGCAUCUGCAACUCUGGUGAAAUUUCACCUCAGUCUUAUAUGGGAGGUGGAAAUAAUAGUACUAAUACUUCUUGCUAUAGUACUCCUCUGAAUUCCCCUCCUAAGCUCAAUCUGUCAAUGAUGGAUCACCAGAUCAGAGGGAACUUGCCAAUUCCUGGCCACCAUUUGCCUUCUCAUUCAAGUUUUACACCAUUUCCAACGGAUCCCGGAUUUGCUGAGAGGGCUGCAAGAUUCUCUUGUUUCGCCAACAAGAGUUUAGGUGGCCUAAAUAGCCAAAUUGGACCACUGCAUGAUUCUGAAUUGCAAAACAGAUUGGUGCAGAAGUUGGAUUCUGGAAAGCUUUCCAGAGUUUCAAGUAAUCAGUCCCUCAAGGUUAAUUCUGGAUCUCAAUUGGAUGUUCAGGACAGCAAAGAUGGCUCUUUGCAGGAUGGUAUCUCAGCUUCUGAUAGGAAAUUCAGUAAAUUGUCAGGGUCUUCGACACCUGAAAACACAGAAUUUGGUGAUUCCAGGGAGAAUUCUUCAGUCUCUGAGCAGAUCACAACUGGGGAAACUGGCAACAAUGGCCAAAAUGAUGCCAAUUCCAGGAAGAGGAAGUCAAUUGCUAGGGGGAAAGCAAAAGAACCACCCUCUUCCUCCAACUCUGCCAAAGAUGCCAAUGGUGCAUCUGAUAGUAAUGAAUCAAAUGCAAAAAGAAGCAAGUCAGGUGAAGAAAAUGCGGAUGAAAAAGAUGCCACACAAGCCAUGGCAGACACAAAUGGCACUGACAAAGCUGCAGGGGAUGGAAAUCAGAAACAAAACAAGGAGAAUUCUAAGCCACCAGAGGCCCCUAAGGACUAUAUUCAUGUUAGAGCCAGGAGGGGCCAGGCUACUGAUGCACAUAGCCUAGCUGAAAGAGUUAGAAGAGAGAAAAUCAGUGAAAGAAUGAAGCUCUUACAAGAUCUUGUGCCUGGUUGCAAUAAGGUGACUGGAAAAGCUGUUAUGCUUGAUGAGAUCAUAAACUAUGUCCAAUCUCUGCAACGCCAAGUUGAGUUCGCCAGGUUGUCUCUUGACUGCCCAUGGAUUCAGCAGCAGUUCGAAAGGUUGCCCUAUUCGGGAAUCUCCGGAUCUAUGCUUAUUUUCAACUCCCCGAAGCAUUUCGUCGAUUACUACGCCCUUCCUCGUCUCUGGGUGCCUAGGUAUCCACCGUAA